UGGGAAGACCAUAAUAUUGAAGAACAUUGUCAAAGUUCUAGAAGACAUGAAAGAUUAUUUCUGACCUGUGAUUUCCUCUCAUGGACUGACACAAUGAAGCAGAACAGCAGUGUAACCGAGUUUAUACUGUUAGCCUUGACACAGGAUCCCCUGAAGCAGAAAAUGGUGUUUGUAAUCUUCUUAAUUUUCUACAUGGGUACUGUGGUGGGGAAUACACUCAUUAUUGUAACAAUCAAGUUCAGCCGGACUCUUGGGAGUCCCAUGUACUUUUUCCUGUUUUAUUUGUCCUUCGCUGACUCAUGCUUUUCAACAUCCACAGCCCCAAGACUCAUUGUGGAUGCCAUCUCUAAAAAGAGCAUCAUUUCCUACAAUGAAUGUAUCACACAAGUCUUUGCUCUCCAUCUAUUUGGCUGCAUGGAGAUCUUUGUCCUUAUUCUCAUGGCUGUUGACCGUUAUGUGGCCAUCUGCAAACCCUUGCGUUACCCAGUCAUCAUGAGCCAUCAGGUCUGUGUCAUCCUGAUUGCUCUCGCCUGGAUAGGGUCUUUUAUACAUUCCACUGCUCAAAUUGUUCUGGCCUUGAGACUGCCCUUCUGUGGGCCCAAUUUGAUUGACCAUUACUGCUGUGACUUGCAGCCCUUGUUGAAACUUGCCUGCAUGGACACAUACAUGAUAAACCUGCUCUUAGUGUCAAACAGUGGUGCAAUCUGCUCAAGCAGUUUUGUUCUUUUGAUGAUCUCAUAUUUUCUCAUCUUACACUCUCUGCGAAACCAUAGUGCAGAAGGGAGGAAAAGGGCUCUCUCUACUUGCACUUCUCAUAUCAUAGUAGUUAUCCUAUUCUUUGGUCCCUGCAUAUUCAUAUAUGCACGACCACCCACGACUUUUCCUAUGGACAAGAUGGUAGCAGUAUUUUAUACAAUUGGAACACCCUUUCUCAACCCACUCAUCUAUACGCUAAGGAAUGCAGAAGUAAAAAAUGCUAUGAAAAAGUUAUGGCAUGUUAAAAUGAUGACUGAAUGA